AUGCUCUCUUCGGAGCAAGUGGAGGGCAAUCUGAGGGAUCAACUCCUGCACCUUCUCUUGGCAGCGGAGGACUCUUUGGUGCAAGUACAGCUGGACUGUUUGGCGCUGAUUCAGCGUCGACAUCCUCCAGCAGCAGUGCAGGAGCAUUGUUUGGUGCAACCUCCAGCGCAGCUGCUUUUGGGACCAGCUCAGCUCCAUCUUCAAGCACCACCAGUGCAGGCUCGUUGUUUGGAGCAAGUUCCGGAUCUGCCCUUGGAUGUUGCAGGAGGCUCUGGAGCAUCGGCCAUCUCUCCAAGUGUCAAAGAGGCAUAUAGGGAACGAAUGGUCAAGAUCUACAAAGAACACAAUCCUAGCAAAGUGAAUGAGAUUGACGCUCUCAUGGGCAAAUACGUUGGUCAGGAGCACACUAUGUACUUGAAAGUAUGCAAAAAGUACAACGUCGAACCAGAACCUGAAAUCAAAGCAGAAUCAUCUGCGGUCGCAUCCAACGCUCCUGCUCCGUCUGCUGGGGGUUUGUUUGGCAGUCCUUCAUCAGGUGCAUCACCCUUUGGUGGAGCUUCUGGCUUCAGCUCUGGAGGCUUCGGCUUCGGAAGCCCUGCUUCGGGUCCGAGCCCCUCUGGCUUCGGCUCGGGCUUCGGGAGCGGUGCAGCUGGGCCCGCUGGGCCCUUCGGAGGUGCUAGCUGUGGAGCCUGCGGUGCCUGUGGAGCACCAGCUGGGGGCCUCUUCGGUUCUUCGGCGUCGUCGUCUCCAUUUGGCGCUGCGUCAGCGUCUCCCUUUGGUUCUGCAUCAGCCUCGCCAUUUGGAAGUGGUGUUGGCAUGGGUGCUGCGGCAUCCUCUGGGGGCCUCUUCGGGUCUGGAAUGGGAGGUGGUGGAUUCGGUGGGGCUGCAGCGCCCGCUGGUGGUUUGGACGUGAGACAGGCGUACAAGGAGCGCAUGAUCAAGAUCUACAUGCAGCACAACCCCAGCAAAGUGAACGAGAUCGACUCUCUCAUGGCGAAAUAUGUGGGCCAGGAGCACACUAUGUACUUGAAGAUAUGCAACAAGUACAAGGUCCAGCCUGAACCGGAGAUCAGACCUGGUGGACAGUGUGGUGGAGGCCUUUUUGGCCAAGCUGGAGGAGCCCUUGGAGGAUCGAUGACUGGGAAUGGAGGCUUUGGCAUGAUGAGCCAACCGAUGGGUCAACCGAUGGGUCAACCCAUGGGUCAACCCAUGAAUCCAAUGGGUGGACAGCCCAUGGGCGGCCAACCCAUGGGUCAGCCGAUGGGACAGCCAGCCUUCGGCAACCCGAGUGCCUUGGGCGGUCCCUUCGGUGGGACACCACCUUCACCAUCUCCGUUCGGCAGCUCCAAUGCCUCUCCCUUCGGUGGAGGAGCAGGCAUGGGAGGCGGUGGCUUUGGCGCGCUUGCUCAGCAAACUGGUUCAGCCUUCGGAGGCGGGGCGACUGCCUCCCCGUUUGCUGCAGCAGGUGCAUCUCCAAGCCCCUUUGGUGGGCAAGCAGCAUCUCCAUUUGGAGGAGGAGCCCAGCCAUGCCAGCCAUGCCAGCCAUGCCAGCCAUCUCCUUUUGGCGCAUCACCAUUUGGUGGCCAAGCCACGGCCUCCCCGUUCGGUGCCUCUCCAUUCGCAGGUUCUCAGUGGACGCAGCACAGAGGUUAG